CCUAAGAGCAAAAAUUAAACAUAUGCCUGUAAACAUUGAAAUUGCUUUGUUGUUCCUUCAGAUAUUCGCUAAAGAUGUACUCGGGCUCUAUGUAUUUCCAAAACAUUCAUGUUGUCAAGUAUCGUACAGACUGUAUACUUCCACCCUACCUACUCCAGGUCUCCCCGUUGUCAUGGAGACGCCAUACCACAGCUCUCCCAAGUCUCAAAAGCACUUUGCUCUAAUAUCUCGAAGGAAGGCAAUUAAUGGAGUUUAUUGGUAGCAGCUAUGAAGGGGAACAGAAAUAUGGAAGAAUGCAUGGAAAAGGAAGGUAUACUUUUCCAACUGAGACCCAGUAUGUGGGCGAGAUGAAAGAUGGGAUGUUUCAUGGUAAAGGAGUGCUGUACUUUCCAAAUGGAAGUAAAUAUGAAGCCACUUGGGAAAAUGGCAUAACUAAACAGGGUGUUUUCACGUUUGCCGAUGGGCUGCAGUAUCAGGAAAAAGAGUGGGCCUACUGUGACGGGUAUGACCGCUGCUUUUACUCUGAAAGAUGUAAUGGGCUCAGACCUGCAGGAGAAUCCCAGCUAACUGAUCGUCAUCCUCCACGUGUCAUCCCUGAUGGCUGUUAUGAUUGUGGUGAUGGCUUCUAUGACUCCUCCACCAGAGUGGUCACCUCAUAUACAGGCAGAUUCCUCAGGAAUGCAGAUGACCGUGAGCAUGCAUGGAUUGUACGGACAUGUAGGAAAGCCUGGGAGGAAGAAUGGAUUGGAACCAAUGAUGAAAAUGUCAGCAGCCUCAUGAAAUAAAUUACUUUGUGAAUAUACAGAUACUCAUAAUUGGAUUCAUAAGUUUGUUUUGUAAAAGUCUUGAUUGUUUAAGACAUUUCCAUUUUGCAUUUGUAUAUUACCACACAUGAUUUUCACACAUAGUAACUAAAACAACAUUGGAAAUUUAUCCAGAAAAUUAGAGUUUGAGUUCCAACAUUUUUGAGAUGUCUCAGUCAUGAGUAUUCUAUACUGUAUAAUACAAACAUGUCCAACUAAUAAU